UGGUUGUAGCGGGGCAAUCUUGGCAAUCCCAUCACCCUGCGACUUCUGCGUCUCCAGCUGCCCAGCUGCGGCUUCACAUGCGAAACACCGCCCAGACUCUUCCAGCCGACUGGCUGAUCGACAUCGUCCAGACAUACGACAACCUUGUCUCAGUCAGCCUUGCGGGGCGUUGACCAUGGCGUCAAACGCUCCGCCGCCUCCGCCCUCUCUCGACCCUCCCAACACUCACUUCUUCUCCUUCACCGAACCUCCACUGCAGCCCGCAUUCGCACCGAGCACCAACUUGGGCGACCACCACACCCCAAUCCACAACCACGACAGAAGUCUGCACUCCGGCCUUCCGCCGGCCCCACCCCCUCCAUCCUCCCUCAUCACCAUGCCUCCCACCUCCGACAGACCUAUUCCCCCAGCCCCGAACACGCAAGCACCACCGGAAACUGGUGAGCAGGCUCGCUUGCGUGCCAGCUCCGACCCUGGACAUCACUCCGAAUCAGGAGAUGGCUCCGAGAGCGACGGUGAAGAUGGCGGCGAGGACGAGAACGAAGAGCAAGACAGGCAGGCUCGCUGGCUCCCCAUUCCAGAGGACAAAUCGCAGCCUUGUGAAGACGAGCUCGCAUACAUAACUCAGAGGGGCGAGCAUAGUGCGCUGGACUACAGCUAUUGGGAAAAGAAGAUCUUUUUCGAUCUUGAGGAUCCGGAGUUGUACCCCAUCGCAAGUGGCAGGAUCGAUUGGACGGUGGAUGGCUACAACGGGACGAAGGAGAAGCCGAAUGAGGAGCUUAUAAUGCGUUCCCCGCCCGUUCGCAUCGGGGGCUACGACUGGUGCAUCAAAUUCUACCCGAAAGGCAACGACUCCGACUACCUCAGCCUCUACUUGGAAUGCGUGACGAUGCAGUCGGAUGACUUUGAAGCCUCCAAGGACUUCUCCAACCCCGCGCUUCCCUUUCUUGCUAGCUGCGAGAAGCUCAGACUGCGCACGAGCGAAGCGGUGCAGCUCGGGAUAGUCAUGUACAAUCCGGCAGAGCCGCGCGUCUACGAGCACAAGAUCGACGCCCAUCAAUUCACGAAACAAUCCUCCGACUACGGCUGGACGCGCUUCACCCGCUACGCUCGCCCCGAUUUCGCCUUUCGAAUGCACGGACAGCGUCAGGCGAUUCUUCGCGACGACAAGCUGGCCUUCAGUGCAUACGUCCGCCUCGUCCACGAUCCCACCCGUUGCAUGUGGGCGCACGGAACGGACUGUUACAACGAUAGUGUCACGCUGACGGGCCUUCGGCCGUUCGCCCCGCUCACGCCAAUGUACAGUGCCAAGCUUCCACUCCUACACUUCGCGCCACUCCGGGGCUUCAUCUGCAAGAGCAAGGAUGUCAAGAUGGCAUACUGGCUUCAGUGCUUACUCUGGAAGAUGAUGUCUCGCACUCGCUCCGACACCUACGGCGAACCGGCCAACGGAGCUGCCAACAUUCCCUGUGACGCCGUGGCGUGGUUACGGCAUGUUGCAAUUGAGUUGAAAAAGGAUACCAACCCAAGCGUCGUCGAUGAGCUGAUCGGAGACUUCAAUCCCGACCAAGGAGCCGCUGUGGGUGCCAACAGGCUGAGAACGAAGACUCAAACGUCCAUUCAGUCGGCGGUUGAUAGCCAUCCGACUUCCUUGGCCACGCCAGCUCUGCUCACGCUCGAGCUGGAGAGGGCAGAAUUCGAUCGCAAGGAAAGGAAGUGGAGCAAGCUUUCCGCCAAAGUGGAGAUGCAGAAUCGCAUCAUUGUCAACGGCAAGCCGUACAUCCUAUACGCCUUCUCCACCCACUGUGGCGACCUGACAUCCAACAAAUUCAAAGUCUACAUCCGACCGAAUGGGCCGCAAAGCCUGUGGUAUGCCUAUAGUGACGGCGACGUGACGGCCAUGACAUGGAAGCAAGCCGUCGAUGCGCACUGUGGGGUGGAUCUUGCUGCUACCACGAGGGAAGCGCGGCAGUCGAGUUCUCGUCACCGCAAAUUCCUCCGCUUCGACGACGUGGACGAGGUUGCCCAUGUGGUCUACUAUGUCCGUGAUGACUACCGGCAUUUCCUCACGGAUACACGAGUGACGGAAGAAUGGGAUGUGCCGGAGAAUGUGAAGCUCUGCGAGCCACCGAAACAGACCUGUGAUCGGCCAGCUCCGGCGCAAACGGGGAUCGGUCCAGGAGAGAUGAGUGCCGAGAUGGAACGGCAUAUCAUCGCUGCAACUGAGAAGGAAAGCCAGAAGAGUACCGAUGCUGUCACGGGGGGCGCAACGCCGAGUGCGUGGAUCACGGAUGGCGAGGAUAUUAUCAUGAGCGAUGGCGAGGCCAUGUCUGCCCGUGACACCACAGACGGCUCCGACUUUCUAUGUACUGGCUGCACUAUCGAGCAUCUCGGCCGUGAAUACUACCGAGGCUCCUUGCUGGGCAAUCGAUACCACGGCGAAGGACACCUCAUCUCCAUGAAUGGAGACGAGUACACCGGCGCGUUUGUCGCCGGAGAGAAAUGCGGCUUCGGCAAGAUGGUCUACGCUCGCACCGGCAACGUUUACGAAGGCCAAUGGCUACAAGACCAGCACCACGGCACUGGGACGCUGACAGAAGCCAAAACGAAGAAUGUCUACGAGGGCGGGUGGAAGCACGGCAAGAAGUCCGGGGAGUUUGUGUUGAAGGGCCACAUGACGGAGGAGGACAAGGGGUGGUGCAGUAUUUGCUACGACAAGGAGAUCAACACCGCCUUCUACGACUGUGGCCACGUCCUGGCAUGCCGGGAUUGUGCGUUCAAGAUCGAUCAAUGUCCGGUUUGUCGGCGGAGAGUAGUGGGAAGACUGGAGCUUUUCGGCGUCAAGAUGGUCUUUGAGUGACGUUUCAGCGACGGUGGGGAACUAAUCGUUUUACGGACACGAGGAAUACGAGAGCAUGACUUGAUAUGGGUAUGCAAGGGGCCUGGUGUUUUCUGAAUAUGCUACUUGCUGCAGAUAAUGCGUCGGCGUCCACACUCGUCAUCCGACAAUCGUUUCGAGUCGG